AUGUCAGAGCUUUCCAAAUUUGCCGAAGAGAUUAUGGUGGAAAUCAUGUCAAGGUUGCAUCCCAAAUCUCUGAUGCGGUUCAAGUGUGUCCGUAGGUCAUGGAAUGAUUUGAUCAAUAAUCCCAACUUUGCAGCCAAACACCUUUCUUCUUCGAAGCGCACCGAGCUCUCAUCAUCCUCCACCACCAUCCUUUUUAGCCAUUUUCUCAUUGCAGACCUCAACCCUGUCGAGAUGGAAAUGGUAUUGUCAUUGUUCAAUUUUCGCAACGAUUUUGAUGGUUGCUUUCUUGAAGAUAUCCAUUUUCCGCAUUCGAUGGGUUUAGAGUGCAGGGGUGAAUUUAAAGAUGCUGGUUCUACUUUUCAAAUGUCAUGUCAUUGUGAUGGGAUUAUAUGUCUUGCUGGACUAUGGAGUAUGGACAAAAACCUGCCAUUGUUUUAUGCAAUCCAGCUAUCAAGGAAUUCAAGCUUCUUCCCGAGUCGCAGCUUGCCCUCUCUAGCUUCCCCGGAAUUUUUCCCUACAGCUGCCGUGGGUUUUGGUUGUGAUCUCAAGUCGAAUAAUUACAAAGUUGUUAGACUUAUACAUAGUGGACGGGAUCAUAAUGAUCAAGUAGACUAUAACGUUAUAGUUAUUCCUCCUCCCAAAGCUGAAGUGUACAACCUUCUUACAAAUUCUUGGAAAGAAAUCAAGAGUGAUGGUUUAGUAAAGGAAAAUACUAUCGUUUUUCCUGAUUCGAAUGCUCAAACCAAGAGAAUAUACUUCAAAGGAACUUUUUACUGGUGUGCAGUGGAACAAGAGAAGGUUUUAAAAGUUGCCUACACUGGUGAUGAUGAGCAAAAUGAAACUGAAUUAAUGAAUGCACACAUCAUUUCGUUUGAUAUAGGUGAUGAAACAUUUCAUGUUACACAUAUUGGCUCAUAUGAUGAUUGUUUUUAA